AUGGUGUCACCAUCUGAGGUUCAGCCUGUCAGUACUCAGAAUAGCAAUGGAAGCGGGCUAGCGAUAAAUUCACGCAGGCCUCAUCCCGUGAAGCCUAUGAGCACAUCAGAGAGCCAGGGCAUCCACGCUAUGAAAGAGAUAAAGGUCCGGGACAGCACACCAGCAAAGACAAAGAUGAUGGACUCUGUGGAAAGUGGACCGUUCACUCAGCUGACUCAGGAGGAGCUGAUCACAAUGGUGGUGAAGCAGCAGGCUGACCUUACCAAGAAGGACGCCAAGAUCGUUGAGCUUGAGGAAUACAUAGACAACCUGUUGGUCCGUGUCAUUGAGGAGAAGCCGAGUAUCCUGUAUGCCCUUAAUGCUGCCAAGCCAGUGUAAAGGAAUGUAAACAGGACUUAAUUCUGCUUCCUGUUUGUGUUUGUACUGUAUUAUAAGACAGUGUCUUAGAGCAUAUGCACUUUUUAAACUUUCAAACAAAUAGAUGCUGGAGUGUAAAACGCAAGCAGAAAAUCUUUAUAUUAAAAAGAAGAAAAAAAAACACUAAGGUACUGCAACGUAUUGCAAAAUAUACUAAUCAUUAUAAAUAAUGAAAACUGGAUUCAACUUUUAUUUAAUAAAGUAGUUUUUUUUAAGUCUACACUGAGCAGCCUCUAAGUUUUGCUGUGUAGUGAAUAAUCACUGAAAUCAUUCAUGUAUGUUGUCUUCCUCCACUAAAGUCUUUAUUUUUAUUUUCUUUGCCUCAUCUUUAUGAAAGCAUGUAUUUUUUUAACCACUUAACAGCAGUCAUAUUGUACUCGCCACAUAUGAAUGUCACCUGGAUAUCCAGUCCUUAAAGACACUGUGCCUAUUGUUGCUUCAGAGAAGUCUUACAUAGAAAACCAGCAUCGACUAAAAUAGAGCAGCUGCUAUGUUCUCAGCAGAUUUUGAAUUGUAUACAGAGUUAAGCAAUUUUGUCUCCAUUGUGCUCAUAGUUCAAAUAUUAUGCAAGUUAUGCUGCAGUUUCCUGUUCUCCUUAAAUUAAUUAGAAACUUUGAGCACUGUGAUGUGUUUUGUUGUUUUUUGUGAAGUAAUUUAAAAAUCAAGAUCAGAGUAAAAGACUCGUUUUAGUAAGUCGCCUUGUCUCUAUGUUUGAUCUUCACUAAUGAUGCCUUUACAAACUAAAACUGUUUGAUGAUAGCAUGGCCGUAAUGAUAGCAAUAUUAAUCAGUAUGUCUGUCCAGACUUGUGCCUUCCAGACCUUCUUUUCAUGUAUGAUCUGUUGUUUUUCUGGAGUGAGCGCUCGCUGCAUGUACAGUCUGAUCUAUCCAGUGUUUGUAAUAUUACAGCUGAUGUAAAUGUCUGAAACCGCUGUGUUUAUUUUCAAAUAAAGACACUAAUUAUGCCUCUG